AAGUUUAGGUUAUUUUGUCAUCUUCGUAUCAGUACGCGAGAGAGUCUCGCUAUGUGACCUCUAUUUUCAGCAUGUAAAUUCAGAAUAGUUGAUGAGCCGCUCUACAGUUUUCUGGCAUCUACUAAAUAACUACCGAACGAGAAAUACAAAAUUCUAUUUUAUUUAUUCGUGAAUCAUUCCAGUUAUAACUCUGCAGUGUUUGACUUAUUUACAUCUGAAUUUUCUAGUUACUAAUCGUUCAGGAAGAUGUCAGAAAAACCAGAUACUGUGCCCGGCUUAGGAUUCAAAGACAAAGAUAAGGCUCUAGAAACUAUAAAAAUUUUGGAAGGACGAGAUCCUGAUUAUCAAAAAUUAGCGAUAAAAGGUCUUGUUGGUAGAGCGAAGAGAACAUUAACACUGACGAAGGAUAAGGAUAAAUUAGCAAACAUCAAUGAGGCGGUUGCAACUUUUGAUGAGUGGCUGAGGAAAUUCGAGUUGAACAAUUUGUCAAAAGAAAAUAGGCCGUACCUCCCAAUAGCUUGUAUAGAUGCUUUGUUACCUCUUCGAAAUCGAUACGAUAUAGAAAGUAAACAAAUCGAUAGUUUUCUUAAUGCUUACAGAAAUCAAGCCAAGGGCGAAUACAAAAAUCUUCGUACAAUAUCCAGCGGUAACGAUGAGCCCACAUGGGAUAUCAUCAGGAAUGCAGAGCUGAAAAAACUCCUCAAAGAAGUAUCUGAAAAUGAUUCAGAAAUGUGGGAAGAAGAUUUGCCAUCGAAAAAACAUAUGGAAAUUAUUCUGUGGGCGUAUAGUCCAGAUGCGAGCAAAAUAAAGAAGAAUAUAUCGACCUAUGAAGAGAAAUUAGGUAAAACCAAGAGCACUGAGAGUAAAGAGAUGGACGUAGAUGAAAGGAAUGAAGAAAAAUGUGGGAAAAGGAAGUCGAAUGAAGAAAAGAAACCGAGGGAAAGGAAAAGAAAAUCAUCGAAUGAUAGUAGUUCUCAAGAUGAAGAAUCUCCUAAAAAGAAAAGUAAAGAUACUUGUUAAAUAGAUGUUGACUCACUGAUAUUCUCAUUUGUUAUUCCAUAUAUAUAUUUCUGUGUCAUCUAACAAUGAUUGGUUCAAAUAAAAAUUCGUUGCCUUCAUUUUCCAGAUUCUGAUCAUAGGUAAUGGAAAAACGUUAUCAUCACUUAUAGCUGUUGCAUUAUAAUCA